AUGUGCAACCUAAAAGUUGUAGUUCUGCAGCUGCACAAAGCAUCGGAGCAGGAACUGUGGUCCUUAAACCCGCGUACCACACACAUUUUUCUGACUCGAAAAGCAAAACGAGUCAAUUCCUGUAAUUUCAUCAUGAAAGAAAGCACGAUUGAAAUUCAUACAAAUUUUCCUGUUUAUUGGAAAGAGCACGGGUUGUCGUAUCGUGUGCAGAAGGGUGCAAAUAAUGGUUAUGAUGAAGAAGAAGACUGUAGUAAAGCCACAAGAAGGCGUAAACAUAAAACUCAUUUUCACGAAUCCGGCGACGUAGAUAUUGUGGUAGAAGACACGGUGUUCCGCAUACAUAAAAUGAUAUUACAACUUGCUUCAGAAGUAUUCAGUGACAUGUUUUCACUCGACCUAAAGUCCAAAGAUAAAGUUCCGCGGAUUCCGCUUUCCAAUGAGAAUGCAAAAGACUUCGCGACUCUUUUGGAUCUUUUAUAUCCAAAUUUAUUCCUAUCAAUAAAUUGGCAAAACGUGGAAGGUCUAUUAAGAUUAGGAGAUAAAUAUAUUAUCCCACAAGUUUUAAAAGUGGCCGAACAUUUCCUAGAAAAUAAUCCGAGAUUCAAUCCAUUGACAGCAUUGAUUUUGUCGGAAACAUUUGAAUUUAAAAAAGUAUAUAAAGAAGCUUCAAAGUUGGUUCUUGACGAUUUUUGGAAAUUCCGUAAAUCGGAUGAUUUCAAAAAACUUAGUGCCGCUACACAAGCAAAGCUCUACGCAAGAUAUUGUGAUUAUGUUCAAGGAUUGGAAUCUCUUAACAAUUCUGAAUAUAAUGCUCUACUUGUCACUAGUGAUAACCAUAAACUCAAACCACUCUGCGCAAUCCCAUUUGUUUUUCCUUCGGAAGCUAUCGACAAAUUUUGCCAACUGCGAUUCAAGUCUAACGCUAAUAGUGAAGAAUAUUGUCAAAAUAUUUUUGGGGAAUUUGAAACCAUUCUAAGUGAGAAAGAUGUAAAAAAAGCGGAUCGCUAUCUUUUUAUUGAAUUUGAUUAA